AUGGCGUGGUUCUCACUUUCUUCAGUUCUCUGUCUCCAACUCUUUCUCAUGCACUCCUUUUCUUCUUCCCUCAGUUUUCCAUUAUGCCGCCCCGACCAAAGUUCUGCUCUGCUCCAUUUCAAAAACUCAUUUUCCAUUAUAAAACUCGAUUCUGAUCCCUUUUUUGAGUCUUACUAUAUCUUUAUUGGUUGUGAGGACGAUAAUAUCAUUCCAUACUCCAAGACAUCAUCUUGGAGAAAUGGUACAAAUUGUUGCUUGUGGGAUGGGGUCACUUGCAAUCUAUUAGGUCACGUAAUUAGUCUCAACCUUAAUUGUAGUCGCCUUCAGGGUAAAAUUCUUCCCGACAAUAGUCUCUUCCGCCUUACCCAUCUCCAGAGACUUGACCUAGCUGGGAAUGACUUUAAAGGGUCUCAGUUAUUAUCCAACUUCUCACAGUUUGUAAGUUUGACCCACUUACGUCUGGGUCUUGGCUUUUCUGGUGAAGUUCCAGCUCAAAUUUCUUAUUUAAAUAAAUUGGUUUCACUUUAUCUUUUUUAUCCUGUAAGUUUUAAACCAAACACUUGGGAGAGACUCCUAAAAAAUGCCACUCAUAUAGAGGAUAUUUGGUUGGAAGGUGUGGAUAUGUCAUCAAUAUCACCAACCCAUUUAUUCAAGAAUCUUUCAUCUUCCUUGAUCUCUCUCAGUAUUGCUGAAGCUGGAUUGCAAGGGCAUUUGGGAGAUGAAAUCUUUUCUUUUCCACAUAUUCAGGAGAUAGGUUUGUUAUUUAACAAAAAUCUCACAGGCUGUCUUCCAAAAUCUAAUUGGAGUAAUUCCCUCCAGGAAUUAAAUCUCGCAUCAUGCCAAUUUACGGGGAAAAUUCCGAAAUCAUUUUGGAACCACACACAAAUUAUUGAGUUAGAACUCUCUGACAACGAUUUUGUUGGUCAAAUCUCACCAUCACUUUCAAAUCUUCAAAACCUCACUCGUUUAAGUCUAUCCUCGAAUAAUUUCAAUGGUCCAUUUCCAUCUUCAAUUUCAAAACUUAAAAAUCUCGAGUAUGUAGGUUUGGAUGAAAAUGGCUUCCAAGGACAUCUUCCAAAUCAAAUAACUGUAUUUCCACUUUUACAAUGUUUGUACUUGUCUAAUAAUCUAUUGAAUGGAGCAAUUCCUUCUUGGGUUUUUACUCUACCAUCUUUGGAGUCGUUGGACAUUUCUUCUAACCAAUUCACAGGUCAAAUGGGUGAAAUAUCCUCUUAUUCAUUGGAAUUUCUUAAUGUAUCUGAUAACAAGUUGUCUGACUUGAGUAACAACUCCCUUCAAGGAGAACCUACUGCUUCUAUUUGCAAUGCUACCUCACUUGGAUUUCUAAGCUUGUCCCAUAACUGCUUCACCGGCACCAUUCCACACUGCAUCAGUAGCUCACUUGAAAUUUUGAACUUGUCUCAUAACAAAUUCACUGGCACCAUUCCUCACUACAUCGGUAGCUCUAGCCUUGCUCUUUCUGUGUUGGAUUUGCAAAUGAAUAAAUUCUCUGGCAGCAUACCUGAAUCAUUUGAAGAAGGCAACAAUUUGAGGACCCUAAAUCUUAAUGGCAACCUUUUGGGAGGGUCAUUUCCUCGAUCUUUGGUCAAUUGCACAAAAUUGAAAGUUUUAGAUCUUGGUAGAAAUGGCAUAGAGGAUGCUUUUCCUCAUUGGCUUCAUGCUCUUCAAGAAUUGCAAGUACUUGUUCUUAGACAGAAUAAGUUGCACGGUUUGAUUCCUAGUUUCAUGGAUGAAGCCAAGCUUGCCUUCCCAAAGUUGAGAGUUUUGGAUCUGUCUAAUAAUAAUUUUAGUGGUCCUCUACCUGCAACAUUUUUCAAAUCUUUUAAAGCUAUGAGAAAUGCAGAUGAAGGAGAAUAUGGUUUGCAUUACAUGGGUUAUGAUAAAUACAACAGUAGAGCACAUUAUGAAGACUCCAUUGAGGUAACAGUGAAAGGAUUAUACAUUCAUUUUGAAAAGAUCUUGACUGUUUUUACAACAAUUGAUGUAUCCAACAACAUGUUCGAAGGAAAACUGCCACAAGUUAUUGGAGAGCUUGGCGCAUUGAAGGCAAUCAAUUUUUCACAUAAUCGGCUCAAUGGUGCAAUUCCAAGCUCAAUUGGAAAUUUGAGGAAUUUGGAAUCCUUGGACUUAUCAUCAAACAAGCUCAGAGGAAAAAUUCCUCCACAAUUGGCAAGUCUAGACUCUCUUGGGUACCUGAACCUAUCACAAAAUGAGCUUGAAGGAUGCAUUCCUAUGGUCCCACAUUUUGAAACAUUCUCACUUGAUUUCUUUAAAGGAAAUAAGGCCUUGCGUGGAUUUCAACUUCACAUUCCAUGCGUCACUCAUGAGAAAAGUGAACCGCCACUACCAAGUUCAAGUUUUGAUGCCAUGUUUUUUGAAUUUGGAUGGAAACCUAUUCUAUUAGGGUAUAUAUGUGGAACCUCAUUCGGAGCAUCCAUGUUUUGGGUUAUGAUUUUCUUAGGAAAACCUCAGUGCAUUCCAAGUAUGGUGAAUAAUCUUAUAAGGAAGUGGAGGACAAGGGUUAACAGGCGUUGCACUUAG